AUGGCCAGAAGCCAUUCAAAUAGCCCUGACAAGGAAAUAGAAGGUGCAAGCUUAUAUAUUACCAAUUUAAGCUACUCCGCUAAAGAAGAAGACCUGCAAAAGACCUUUGAGGACUACGGGAAAAUCGUUGAUUUCAAAAUCAUCAAAGACCCAAUUUCUAAUAAGUCAAGAGGAUUUGGCUUUGUGACCUACGAAAAUCCCGAAGACGCCGAUAAGGCAAAAAAUGAACUAAACAACAGCAAUGUAGGCGGAAGAGAGCUAAGAGUAGAAAAAGCUCGCAGAAACAAAGCAUAUGGCCCUACACCAGGUAAGUAUAUGGGAAAUGAUAAGUAUAGAAGAAGUCCAAGAAGAGACAGAGACUAUCGUGACAGAGACAGGUAAAAUGCUGACUCCCUUUGAUGAGCGAACAAAAAUAUUUAUAUAUAAAUUUUAUGUUAACUUUUUUUUUUUCAAAAUUAAAAAAAUCCCAAUUUUAAAACAAAUAUUAAUUUAAUUUAUAAAAUAUAUGUUUUAAAAUGCAAGCUGUUUAAAAUUUAGCAGAAUUAGCUAGAGAUUUCAUUAUAAUAAUUAUCAUUUAUUUUUUUAUAAAAAAUGUUUAUAUUAAAAUCAUUUUGUUCGCCACGAAGGUUUUUACCAAAACAUAGGGAUUUUCCAAUGGCUUUGUUCGCUGACGGAGGUGGGGAGUGAAUAAAUGCAUAAACUAUUUUUUUCAUAUUAUUUUGACCAUUAGAGGUUUAUCUCCCAAAAUAUUUUAAAAAUACUUUUAAGGGGCAAAAAAUUUUCAAUGUAGUUUUUUCGGUUUUGUUCGCAGAGGCAGGGACUUCAGAAAUCGCAGCAGAGAUAGAGACUACCGUGAUCGCGAUCGUGACAGAGACUACAGAGAUUACAGAGACCGCUCAAGAGAAAGGGACAGCUACAGAAGCAGAGAGUACAGAGACAGAGACAGCCGUAGAGAUCGCAGAGGUUCCAGAAGCCCUAGAAGAAAGUCGAGAUCCCCUCAAAGCAGAUCCACCUUCACUUAG